GAUUGAUGCGUAUGAAUUUAACGAAUACAUAUAUAAAGGAACGCAAUUUGUAACACAGUACAAUUAGGUACCCAGCAAAGCAUAAUGAAGGCAUCUUUGUUCCUGUGUGUAAUCGCUACGGUAUACAUCGCAUCUGCGGUGCCCGUUGAAGAUGAGAUAAGGGAGCCUAAGAGGUACCCACGAUUUGUGGAGUUCCCCGAUGGUGAAGGCGUGCCACAUGUCGCUGAUUUGGAAGCCGAACCCGAUAGAGCUCUCUUAGAAGAAAUCGAAAGGAACCCUGAAAAUAACCUUUACUUGUUGUUUACUAGGAACAACCCCACCGAAGCCCAGACUUUGAUCAUCAACGAUCCAGCUUCCAUUACGAAUUCAAACUUCAACCCCAGGAACACCGUCGUGCUUGUCCACGGUUGGCUGGGUAGUCAGACCGCUGGUAUCAACCCAACUGUCAGGGACGCAUAUUUGGGCAAAGGAAGCACUAACGUCAUUGUCUUGGACUGGAGACGCCUCGCUUUGUCUGACUACGUUACCGCCGUUUUUGGAGUUCCAGCCAUCGGUGUUGGUUUGGGACAGUUCGUUCAAUUUCUUAUCUCCGUGACUGGCAUUCCAUAUGACUCUAUCCAUCUGGUCGGCUUCAGUUUAGGUGCUCAUAUUGUUGGCAAUGCCGGAAGAGAACUUGGUGGAAGAGUGGCUCGUGUUACUGGUUUGGACCCUGCUGGCCCUUUAUGGCACUACAACUCCAACAAGAUUACCUCCGAGGACGGCAUCUACGUUGAGGGUAUCCAUACCAACGGAGGUGUCGAUGGCCUUGGUAUUGGCACAGCUAUCGGAAACGUAGACUUCUUCCCCAAUGGUGGCAGAUCCCAACCCGGUUGUCUGACUUUCUUGUGCGACCAUGACCGUUCCUGGGAACUGUUUGGUGCCAGUGUCACAUACAAUCAUCUGUUAGGAAACGAAUGCGAGAGCAACUGGCAAAUCACAUUCAACUCUUGUCGUGGUAGUCCGUUCCCCUUGGGCAAUGACGAUUUAAGAAAAACUGGAUCUGGACAAUAUCGUGUCAACACAGGUAGAAGAUAUCCUUUUUAAACUGAUGCCGAAUAACAGAAGUUAAACAUAUUUAAAUGAGAGAAUAAAUGAAAGCGUAAAUUUAAA